AUGGCUGCUACGAACGCUUCCGCGGGCGGCAUCGCCAUCACCAAAACCCGGCUUCUGCUUUUUGCGUCGCUGGCCAUCACGUGGUGGUUUGCUCAUCUCCUCCCAAACUACAAACCCAUGCUCCAGGCCCAGUUCAAAUCACGGUUAGACGAGGCAAGAAUAAAAAUCCCCAAGAUCAAGGUUGACUGGAAGCCCACCAACGACCCGCGAGCCAAUUACAACGCCUCCAAGUUGGCAUUGAUCAUCGAGCCGCGCCCCAUCCCGCAUCUUGUGCCUCAGCUGCUGCACAUGACAUCCGUUGUACCUCCAGACUGGAGGUUCUUGUUCAUCGGCUCCAACAAGAGCGUGGUCAGCGUCGCUCGAAGUUACGGCAUCAAGCACCAGCAAGUCAUUGGAAGGCUUGACCUGAUGGUUCUUCCCGAACCCUGGGAGAUCGACACCAAAGAACACGUCUUCCGUCUGCUGACCGAUCUGCGGUUCUAUGAUGAGUUCCUCCCUGGCGUAGAAUGGAUUUUGAAGUUCGAGUCGGACAGCAUUCUGUGCUCCAACUCGCCCAAGAGCCUCAACGAGUGGCUUGAUUGGAGCUGGGCCGGCGCACCCAAAACCCCUGACGAUCGCUUCUCGGGCAACGGUGGCCUUUCUCUCCGACGGGUAUCCUCCAUCAAGAGGGUGUUGCAAUUCCAGGAGCGAUACAACGACACCGAAGCUGAAGAUGAAUGGUUUGGCAAGCGGCUUUGGGUCAUGCAAGGCGAGAAAGUCGCACACGGCAAGAAGGGCGUCCUGGCCGUGGAAGACGUCUAUAUGGAAAAGCCCAUGGGUUACCAUGUCAAAGAUGGCGGCCAAAGCCUUUCCGACAAGGUCUGGAAGGACCCGAAACAACGAAAGAAGAUUUUUGACUACUGUCCAGAGCUCAGCAUGAUCAUGGACAUGAAGUUGGAGCGCGAACGCUGCGAUGGUGACAACAAAGAGGGCGGCAUCGGCCCAACGGACGCCGAAAAGGAAAAGGCUGAGGAAGAGGCUAAGAAGGCGGCUGAGGAAGAGGCCAAGAAGAAGGAGGAGGAAGAGAAGAAGAAGAAGGAGGAGGAAGAGAAGAAGACGGAAGAGGAGAAGAAGAAGUCGGAAGAGGAGGAGAAGAAGAAGACGGAAGAGGAGAAGAAGAAGUCGGAAGAGGAAGAAAAGAAGAAGCAGGAAGGACAAGAGCAAACAAAGAAGGCAGAAUCAGACGAUGCGUCGUCAGUCACUCGCGAAGAUAUCGCCGAGCUCAUGGACGAAGAUGGUACGCUGAAGUCUGACAGCUUGGAUCCUUACGCCGACGAUGCCGAUGCUAAGGCGAAGGCAAUGGGCGUCGAGGCACAACUAAAGGCCAAGGCGAAGGCUACCUCUGUUAACCAUAUCUGA